GUCAGAGGGCUCUGCUCUGCUCCGUCACCAGUUAUUUUAGUAGGAUAGUUUCAUUGAGGCGUCACCGGUGGACCGCGGUGAUGGCGAGAUGGACGGUAUUUAAGCCGCCCGGGGAGCGUUCACUGCCACAUUAGGACCGAAGCACACAGGAUACAAGAUGCCAAACUUUGGAGGAGGUGCCAAGUGUGCAGCCUGUGACAAGACAGCGUACCAUGCAGAGGAGAUCCAGUGUAACGGCAGGAGCUUCCAUAAGACCUGCUUCAUCUGCAUGAGCUGCAGAAAAGGGCUGGACAGCACCACGGUGGCAGCGCACGAAUCUGAGAUCUACUGCAAGUCCUGUUACGGCAAGAAAUACGGGCCAAAAGGCUACGGAUACGGAGCCGGAGCCGGAGCUCUGAGCUCAGAUCCUCCUCGACCUGCAGGCCUAUACUCUCAGGACUCUAAACCACGACCACCAGCUUCUUCAAGCCCUAGACCUAACCAAGACCAUAAAUCUUCCCCGAAGUUUGGAUGCUCAGACCGCUGCCCUCGCUGCUCCAAAGCCGUCUACGCAGCAGAGAAGGUGAUGGCAGCGGGAAAGCCCUGGCAUAAAACCUGUUUCCGCUGUGUGCUGUGUGGUAAAAGCCUGGAGUCGACCAAUGUGACAGACAAGGACGGAGAGCUGUACUGUAAAGUUUGUUACGCCAAAAACUUUGGCCCAAAAGGAUUUGGACUGGGGAACGAGGCCAUGCUGGAGUAACGACGUUGAACUCUUCUGUCACACACACACGGCAGCUGUUGCUAUGGAGACUCAGCCUUUUACCUUUACACUGGAUGAUGUUUGUAAUAUGUCAUAGACACCAUAUUGUCCUGGGCAGGUCAAAUAACAGCAGAGUCAAACUUUAUUUUAAGGCCACGAUUAUAUUGAAAAUUGAAACAAUUGAAACAAUGUUGAAACAUAAUAUUUAUAAAGGUUCAUUGUGAGUACAAAAUAAAAUGAUUUUUGAAAUGAAAUUGAAUGAAAUUUUGUUACU